GAUUUUCAUUCCGGAAGUUGACACCGCAGCAUCAUUUGCACGUUGUUUUAUUUUGCAUAUUUCAAUUAUAUAUAUAUAUAUAGUAGUUGCUCGGGAACUUAUCGCCGAAGCAAAAACAUGAUUGGGCAGAAAACUAUCAAUUCAUAUUUCAUGCCGACCUCCAAAAAGAUGGCUUGCAAAGUUUUAAAUGAACCGGAGCGAAUAGCUAAAGACUCGAAGAAGCGCAAAUUCUCGGCGGUUGAUCCGGAGCCCUCCGACCCACCGUCGGCUUUCCUGUCUCAAAAGCAGAUGGACAUGAUCGCCCGUAAUAAGAAGGCGGCGUUGGAGAAGCUCUAUUCGUCUCGGACUCCUCACGGGUUUGGAGAGAGUUGGCAAAAGGCGCUGGCUGCCGAGUUUGGGAAACCUUACUUUAAACAAUUGCUGCACUUUGUCAACAAUGAGAGGAAACAUCACACUGUGUACCCACCUGCUGAGCAUGUCUUCACCUGGACCCAGAUGUGUGAACUUCGUGAUGUUAAAGUGGUGAUCCUCGGUCAGGACCCGUACCAUGGUCCAAACCAAGCCCACGGAUUAUGUUUCAGUGUCAAAAGACCAGUGCCUCCUCCUCCCAGUUUGGAGAACAUGUACAAAGAGCUAGGGAGUGACAUUGAAGGCUUCCAGCACCCAAAGCAUGGAGAUCUCAGUGGCUGGGCAAAACAAGGUGUGUUGUUGCUCAAUGCCGUGUUGACCGUGCGAGCCCACCAGGCCAACUCGCACAAAGACAAAGGUUGGGAGACAUUCACCGACGCAGUUGUGCAGUGGCUCAGCAAUAACCUGGAGGGCCUCGUAUUCAUUCUGUGGGGGGCCUAUGCUCAGAAGAAGGGGGCCACAAUUGACAAGAAACGUCACCACAUCCUGAAGGCGGUGCAUCCUUCUCCCCUGUCUGCUCAUCGGGGAUUCUUUGGCUGCAAACAUUUUUCCAAAGCCAAUGAGCUGCUGAUAAAAUCUGGAAAGUACCCUGUUGACUGGAAGGCACUUUAAACUGUUGCACUUCUUUGCCCCCCACUCCCAUCACCAUGUUACACAACCACAAAGAUUCCUCCUUGUUAGCUUGUCUGCAAGUUAUCCAUAGAUGUUAUCUUUACACGAAAAAUGCGGUUAUGUUUUGUGGGAAGUUACUUUAUCACCUUUUGUUGUGAUACAUAUUUGGAGUUUUAGUGUUGCAUAAUGUUUGUACUGUUUUACUUUUUUUUACAUUAAAACUGUUACUGCUGCUAA